UCUGAGGUGGCUGUGGGAAAUGCAUUAAGACGAGCGAUUCAUGAUGGGUUGGUUGAAAGGGAAGAUAUUCAUGUCACUUCUAAACUUUGGUCAAGUGAUCAUCAUGAUCCUGUUACUGCUCUUCAACAAACUCUACAGAGGCUAGGAAUGGAAUACAUAGACAUGUAUUUAGUGCAUUGGCCAGUGGCUUUGAAACCAUGGGUGGACUACCCAAUUCCCGCAGAAGAAGACUUUGAGGAAUUAGACAUGGAAAAUACUUGGUCCGGUAUGGAGAGGUGUUUAGAGAUGGGCUUGUGUAGAUCCAUCGGCGUCAGCAAUUUUUCUUCAACAAAAAUACAACACCUUCUAGAUUUUGCUUGUGUCACUCCUGUUGUCAAUCAGGUGGAAAUGCAUCCAAUGUGGAGGCAACGUAAGUUGAGAUCAAUAUGUAGGGAAUAUGGAAUUCAUGUAAGUGCAUAUUCACCUCUUGGUGGUCCUGGAAAUGCUUGGGGGACUACUACUGUGGUUGAUCAUCCAAUCAUACAAUCC